CGUACUUCAGCCUUAGAGCCCACCGAGGCGCUUGGUCUCCGGUUCCGCCUCUCCUCACCCCACUAACCAUCAACUUCGCGCACAGCGCUGCGAUAUCGGUGUCGCCAGAGAACACAGGAUGAACGGCUUGUCGUUGUCACCGACGACACCGCUGGCGCAAGGGAUCUCACAUCACCCGUUCGCCAGCCCUACGAGUGCGCACGCCCGAGGAUUCAAACGCUCUGCUUCGACCGAUGACGAGAAUGAAAAUGGCACGUCGUCGCGGCGCAACACUGCCGUCAAGCGUGCAUGCAAUGAGUGUCGCCAGCAAAAGCUCAAGUGCAACGUCCAGCAGGAUCCCUUCGUGAGCUGCGCCCGAUGCCAAAAGCAAGGCCUACGAUGCGUCAUCGAACCCAACUUUAAGCGGGUAGGCAAACGCAACCGCAAUGCCGAAAUGGAAAAGGAGAUGGAGUACCUGCGUGAUAGGCUCGCCCUGUACGAAGGGCAACCGAUACCGACCCAGCCAACACUGAAUGCUCCGCAGCCAGCGUCAGAUAACCACAACUUCACUCCCGGUCCGAUGCCCAAGCUGGAGGACGACGCCUUCUUACAGACACAACACACACAGGUGGCAGCGACGUCACUGCUGGACCUGCGCAGCGGAUCGCCCAUGUUUUUCGCGCUGGGCACUGGCGAAGUGCGGCUUGGCCAUAGCGAGGUCAACGAGCUGUUCACCGAGUAUUUCACGUUAUACCACCCAUUUCUACCCUUCUUGGAUCAGGUGCGCUCCCCUGAAGAAUACUACUCCCAGGAUCACAAGCUGUUGUUCUGGGCUGUCAUCGCCGUUGCAGCGCGCCGCAAUGGGCCACGACCCUCACUUCUCAAAGACCUUGCGAAACCAUUGAGCGAUCUGAUCUGGGACUCCAUCAGGAACCAGCCGAAUCACCAUGUCGUCAAAGCCUUAUGUCUUCUCUGUACCUGGCCGCUUCCCGCAGAACGGACUGUGACUGACCCAACAUUCAUACUAUGCGGCGCGAUGAUGCAGGUUGCCAUGCAAAUAGGGUUACACCAGCCUACUCAUCCACAAGAUUUCCAGCGGGCAAAGGUGCGGCUAAGGCAGGAAGACAUUCAUGACCGACUACGGACGUGGGCGGUAUGCAAUAUCGUAGCUCAGACGGUAUCCACAGGAAAUGGGCAACCUUCCAUUACGCUUUACGAUUCGACUCUAGACUUUAAUGUGGAUGACGAGGAACAUAUGCGAAUAAUACCACCGACACUGUUCGUUCGUCUACGCCAGGAGAUAGCAGCGAGCAGAAUCAACAAGCUCCUAUACUCAGCAAAUAGUCACAGGUUUGCUGAAGGCGCCGCGACAAGCUAUAUGAGCCUCGAAGCGGAUCGAUUGAAAGAAGAGCGCGUGAAGGAAGACCGUGGCUCUCUGGACGGAGUGGAUAACGAUCUCGAAGAACUGUACCAUUAUGCAGUAUCGUUGCACCUCCACCUAUACUCCUUCUUCAGCCCCGAAUCUCGACUUGAACGGCGAGAUGACUUAGUCGCCUUGUACUUUGCAGCUACGGCUUACCUCGAGCGCGUCUUCAAACUACAACGUGAGGGCAAGCUACCUCACGUUCCACACUAUAUUAUGCAAAUGGCUCUUGCUGCCGGAUUCGCAUUGUUGAAGCUCCUCAACUCUGACUUCGCUAGCAAACUACCUGCUGAUCGCGGCCGGCAGUUUGUCCUGCAAACAGUAGAUGCAUUACGAAAGGCUAAGGUUUGGCCCAACGACCUUUUGGACCGCUUUGCCGAAGUCCUCGCACAGCUGUGGAAAGAGAGCUCUCGAGGACGCAGCCUCCACAGCCUGUCACAAUCACCAUCCAUUAGCAAUUCAGGAAUGGCGACCAUGUUCAACCACCACAACCAUCAACAGCAGACCCAACAGCAGCAGCAACAAGGUCAAAGAAGAGACAGCACUGGCAUGAUGGAUGAUCCGCUUGGUCUCAUAAUCCGCAGCCGGAUGAGCAUGAGCGUAGUAUUUGAUUGUGCGUGGCGCUGGCGAGAGGCACAGGUCAGCGGUGCCGCGGAGCAACUGGAUAGCAUCGUUAUGACCAACCCUACGAAUCCCGAUUCAUCUACGAGCUCGACCCCUCCACCUGGUGUGGUUGUCGAGAAUCCUGCUCAUGGCCUUCCGAACUUCAACCCACAUCUUAAUACUCUCAGCAUGCCGCUGCAACUACCCAACGGCUUAGCGAGCGCAAACAGUUACGAGUUCUUUGACUCCGUGUCUUGGAUGCUGGAAGCGCAGACAGACUGGAACUCGUAUGGAAAUUCCGGGUUCGGGAACGACUUUAGUACCUAGGUGGCCCUAGAGUGACUAGCCUUACCACAAGCAGUGUUGGUUCCAUCAAAACCGCCUUAUUCAGGGCCUGCCCAAUUGGUUACUUCACGAUUUUCUAGUGCCUUCGGUUCUUUA